CGGCCCAGGCGCCUUGCGAGGUGGGGAGGGUCCUGGAUACUCAGUCUCACGUCGGGGAGCGAGGAGCGUGCAUUUGGCUGAGACACAUUUACGCAUCGUUCGUCGCCUGCUCGUUUCUGAAAAAUAUCUCUUUAGCUCAGUGGAUUUUUACCUGGCAACAUAAAAGUAGUCAAGUUUCGUAUACAUUUAUUUUUUUGAUUUGCUUCCCUUUCCUAUACUUUGCACCUCCUAUCGUUUAAAAAAAAAGAAAUUGUUGGAACUUUCUUACCCGCCCCUACUGGGCGUCUGUCAAAAAGAGCGUCGGAGCGUAUCUUGAUUUCUCCCGGAUAAAUCAAGAUUCGGAUUCUUUCGCACCGUACGUGGCUAACUGUGCUCAUCGGAGGAACGGAUCUGGACUGUGAACUCUCCGAGGUUGCCUGCAGGAGCAGUCUAUCGUGAUGAAGUUCCGGCACUUCGCGGCACUUCUGCUCGUGGGCUCGCUGCUGUUCGCCGCUGCCAUCACCGACAUCCCCUGGACCCUGCUUGGCAUGGCCCCCCCAGCCUCCAGCAGACAGGGUCAUGGGACUCUGGCGCAGCCCCUUAACCGGACCAACGUUGACCUGCCGCUAAGCUCUCCCUGCGGACCCUGGGCUGUGCUUCUUACGCCUGUGACCGGAGCUCCGGCGCUACUCGUGUCCGCUUCCUGGGAUGAGCGCGAGGGCCCUGCCCAGGCGCGGCUUCUCACCAUCGUCAAGCGGGAGGGUCUGCCCGCGCUCCGCUGCCUCUUCUGCUGCGGCGGCGCAAGCGGUGAGCCGUUCGUGCAUUCGCCAGCGCGCGUGGAGGUGCACAGGCUCCACUUCAACUUCCCCUGGGCCACGGCUGACGUCCUGUGCACCCCACCCGAUGCCAACGUUUGUUCAACUCCCCAAGGGGUCACCCUGGUGCCUGCCGAGGGCCCCGUGCCCAUUUCCAUCCGUGCGCCAGGGCCCAAUUCCUCCUCCUCCGAGCCAGCAACGCCCCGGCCCUCCUUCACCCCAUUCUAUCCCGGUGCACGGGGACCGUUGGGCCAGGAGAGGAAUUUCAUUCACGAGUUCGGCGUCUGCAUCUCGACGCUGUUCGGUGGCUACGACAACGUCCUGCAGUUUGCUCAGGCCGUGGAGCUCUACCGACUCCUGGGCGCCAGCAUUGUCACCGUCUACAGCAGAGGCUGUGGGCCCAUGCUUGCCCGCUUGCUGGCGCACUACGAGGCAGCCGGUAUCGUCGAGGUGGUGCCGUGGCCCAUCGGGGUCCACCUGCAGCCCUCCAGUGGCUGGAUGCCGGACGUGGAUCCGGGCGACGUGCAUUACCACGGCCAAACGGCUGCACUCAAUGACUGCCUAUACCGACGUAUGGGCGACACCAGGUACUUGGCGACGACCGACAUCGACGAGGUAAUCGUCCCACUGCAGCACGAGGACUGGGCAGGGCUCAUGAAGGCGCUGGAGUCUCGCUACCGUGUGAGCGUCUUCCACUUCAGAAACUACGUGUUCCCUCACUCCGCGCGCGACGCCACCUUGCACGCGACUUAUUCCGCCCGCUGGCGCGGCGUCCCGGGCCACGACAUCCUGACGCACGUGUUGCACGAGCCGCCCACGCCCGACAGCACCAAGAUGAUGGUGGAGGCGAGGCGCGUGGUGCGCGUGUCCGUGCACAGCGUGCUGCGCUCGCUGCGUGGGCAGCAGAUCGUGCCAACGAAUGCUGCGAGAAUGUUCCACUUCCGUGACGCGAUGCAGCCGGAGAUGAGCAAGGAGCAGCUGAGCUACGAUGCUAGACUCUGGCGCUAUAACGCUAGCCUCGUGACCAACGUAGAGGCAGCCCUGAGUGCCGCUGGCCUCUUGCAUCUCCCUUGACAUCAAGGCGCAUCAGGUUACACGUGGAUCAGACUUGCACGAAUACGACGGCAUUCCUUUUUUUCGUUUGUAUGUAUAGGCAACUAAACAAUCCAGUUUGUGAAGCCUCCAGGUGUAGACUUAACAUUCCAGCGUGGGACUGACCAUUUGUCUAAUCUCACUUCAAUCGACACAUCCGUUGUUCCUGAUGCCGUAACCUUUUCCAACACGUUGCGCCGCUCGGACUGACACUCUACUUGUGGGACGGGCCAACAUUUAUUUUGUGUUCUUUAGGACCAGCAACUCGAGUGAAGUUUUAACUGGGAUUGGGACCAACUUUGGUGGCAUUUUAACACGUAGGCUUUCGCGACCAAUAUAUUUGGUGGCAUUUAUAACUUGUGCACCGCUCUUACAUCAACCAAACGCACGGAAGAGCAUCUCUCGGGGCCGUUCAAUAGAGAGCCAGGCCACGCAACUAACACAUUUCGGAAUUAUGGGACGCGGGAGGCAUAGGGGUGGGUCGCAGAAUAAAAGCGUGAAAGAAACAUUUUUGAAAAUCAUCGUAAAUAAUGACCCCUACGUAUUUUUGAUCCGAACCCCCCCCCCCCCCCCC